UAGGGCAGCUGUAACGUCAGCUAUUGCUGAGAGUUACAGUUGACACAUAUUUCAAUUUGUUCUUAUUUAGUGGGCUGUUACGUUUUACAAUGGAAGAGGCGCCACAAAAGCGUUAUGUGAAUAUUUGCUGCAGGUGCCCCUCUUAAGAAGAAUAAUGCUUUUUGAGGAUGAAAUAUUAGUAAAGGAAUAUGUCAACAUGAUGACCGAUAUGAUAGUCUUAUGUUUCACUUUGGCCAUUUCUUUGUCCUUCUGGGUCAUAUCCAUAACUACUAGCACAUACUAUGGUACAUUGCAGCCUGUCUCUCCAUGGAGGUGGCUGUUUUCUGUUCUGGUCCCUCUGAUUCUUACUUCACGUGCUUUAAGGAGAAAAAGUCUUGACCAUAGUGGUGCUCUAGGAGCUUUGCUGGUUGGCUUUAUUCUCACCAUGGCCAACAUGAGCUUCUUUGCAGCUCUGCUGGCAUUUUUCAUCACAUCCACCAGUCUGACAAGAUGGAAGGGGGAUGUCAAGAAACGCAUUGACUCAGAAUAUAAAGAAGGUGGCCAGAGGAACUGGGUUCAGGUUUUCUGCAAUGGUGGUGUACCAACAGAACUGGCUUUGCUCUAUAUGAUUGAGGUUGGUCCAGGAGAGAUGGCUGUGGAUUUUGGGAAGCAGUAUUCUGCUUCCUGGAUGUGUCUGUCACUGCUAGGUGCUUUGGCCUGUAGUGCAGGAGACACAUGGGCUUCAGAAGUCGGUCCAGUUAUCAGCAAAAACAAACCCAGGCUCAUUACUACCUGGAAGGAAGUCCCAAUAGGUACUAAUGGAGGAAUCACUACAAUUGGUCUCAUAGCCAGCUUCCUUGGCGGGGCCACUGUGGGCACAGCCUACUUCAUGACCCAGCUGCUGUUGGUUAGUGAACUCCAUUUAGCUGUUCCCCAGUGGCCUAUCAUUGUGUAUGGUGCUAUGGCUGGCUUACUUGGCUCAAUGCUUGACUCUUUCCUGGGUGCAAACAUGCAGUAUUCAGGAUAUGAUGAAAGCACUGGAAGAGUUGUAAACUAUGAGUCACCAGCAGUAAAGAGAAUAUGUGGGAAGCCCAUUCUGGAUAACAACGGCGUAAACCUUUUCUCCUCUAUCCUCAUAGCUUUAUUUCUGCCAGGAUUUGCAUGGGGAUUCUGGCCAAGGCACUGAAUUUAAAUCAUUUGGAAUUGCAGUUCACAUUGGUGUUUCACUGUUAAGUUUUUCCAUGUUUUACUAAUACUUCUGUCACAAAGUUUGUUGUUUUUUCUUAUGCACAGGGAACAAAUAUAUCUGAAAUUAUGGUUG